CAGCCAGUCACCGGGCAGCGCCGUGUGGGCGUGGCCAUCCGGGUCCCCGCGGCCAUGGCUUCCGCGGCCGCCAGUCCCCCCGAGGUGGUCCGCGCGGCCCAGAAGGACGACUACUACCGCGGCGGGUUGCGGAGCGCGGCGGGCAGCGCCCUGCACAGCCUGGCGGGCGCCAGGAAGUGGCUGGAGUGGCGGAAGGAGCUCGAGCUGCUGUCGGACGUGGCCUACUUCGGCCUCACCACGCUGGCCGGCUACCAGACCCUCGGCGAGGAGUACGUGGGGCUCAUCCAGGUGGACCCGUCCCGGAGGCAGGUGCCCCAGAGGCUGCGCCGCGGCGUGCUGGUCGCGCUGCACACGGUCCUGCCCUACGUGCUGGACAAGGCCCUGCUCCACCUGGAGCAGGAGCUGCAGACCGAUGGCAACGGCGCCCGCCCGGCGCCGGGCAGCCUGGCACCCAGCGCGAGAGGCCGGUCGGGAGCCAGGCGCUGGGUGCACAGGCAGGUGGCGGCCCUGCCCGAGCCGCAGAGGAAGGCGCUGCUGAGGGCCGUGCUGGUGUUCAGGCAGGGCCUGGGCUGCCUCCACCGGCUGCACGUCGCCUGGUUCUACAUCCACGGCGCCUUCUACCACCUGGCCAAGAGGCUCGCCGGAGUCACCUACCUCCGCCUCCACCACCCGCCUGCAGAGGACCUGAGGGCCCGGGCGAGCUACCGGCUGCUGGGCCUGGUCUCCCUGCUGCACCUGGCGCUGUCGCUGGGCCUGCAGCUCCACGGCUUCCGGCAGAGGCAGCGCGCCCAGCGGGAGUGGAAGCUGCACCGCAGGCUGUCUCACCGCAGGAGCCUCACGGAGGAGAGAGCGGUGUCCCGGACCUCGCUGUGCACCCUGUGCCUGGAGGAGCGCAGGCACUCGACGGCCACGCCCUGCGGCCACCUGUUCUGCUGGGAGUGCAUCACCCAGUGGUGCGACACCAAGACGGAGUGUCCCCUGUGCCGGGAGAGGUUCCCUCCCCAGAAGCUGGUCUACCUGCGGCACUUCCGGUGACAGGAUGGACGGAUGGAGCCACCGGCAGCCGCCUGUCAGGAGAGACAUAAUGAAUUCUGACAAACUUGCACAGAAACCGUAAAAUCCUCUGAUUUUAUAUUUUUUGUCACAUGAGAUGCUGCGCCAGCAGCUCAGGAGGACAAGCUGGGCGGCUGGUCCAAGGCUCCCAGCCAGGUUCGGGCAGGGGCUCUGCUCAGCUCAGUUCCCGCCGGCCCUGUGGCACCCCCUUGCCCCGCAGUGCCAGGCGGUGGCUCUGCAGGGACUCGCUCCCUGGGACCAGGUCCUAGGCCCUCCCUUCCCCAGACCGCAGAGCUGAGGACACACCGGUCCCUUCUGUGAUGAGAAGACAAGCCGACAUCGGGUGGGCAAGAGGAUGUGGCCUGAGUGGGCAAGUGCAGCCCGCCAGCCCCCCCACCUACUAACCCUGCCCCCACCACAGCCGCUGCGAGUGGCCAGGCACAGCCCCUCACGGGCGUGGAGGCCAGGGCGCCCAGCAGGUGCCUCUCUUCACCUGAGGAUUCCCCGCUGAUGGUUGAGAGGAAGGGAAGGGAGAGAGCCACAUGGACACGACACACGGACUGAUUGCCUCUCACCUGAGGAUUCCCCGCUGAUGGUUAGAGAGGAAGGAAAGGGAGAGACAGACACAUGGACAUGACACACAGACUGGUUGCCUCUCACCUGCGCCCCAACCUGGGCCCGAGAUCAAACCUGCAACUGAAAUACGUGCCUCUGGUCAGACUCGAACCCAUGACCAUCCAGUCUGUGGGCUGAAGCUCUAACUGCUGAGCCAAACCAGCCUUAAUUCACAUGUCGAGUCUGUUCCCCAUUUAGGACACAGGUCUGUCCUGGUCCCUACAGACUGAGGGCCCCCCCGCCCGGGGCUCCUGCUGGGCAGCCAACUUUCCCGAGUUUCCUAACCCUAAGGCCACAGACCCCCUCAGAGGCCGGCGCUGGGACAGCCGUCACCCAUGUCCAGCUACUCCCUGCCACGUAUUGUAGCUUCCAGGUUUUAAAACCGUUUAACUUGUGCCAGAGACAGAACUUCGCCGUAAGUCCCCUUAAGAAACCCAUUCCACAGAAGUAGGCCAUAGGCUGGGCCACCCGCCCGGGCCAGGCCCUUGGUCUGCGUGGCACCCCUGCUACAGUGCAGUGCUCCCUAGAGUGAGCUGUCCGGCAACAGACGCUGUUCUCCGCGGGAAUGAAGGUCACGGGCCACUGGCGGGGCCGGCCUGAGCAGCAGACCCAGACGAGGGGCCCAGGGCAGGCUGCCACUGGCCCCGAAAUCCUUGACUUACACUCGGCCAAGCGCACAGCUUCCCACGGCGCCAGGCCUGAGCGCUUCCGAGGGCGACGGUGUGAGAGGUGGGGCAGAAUCUGAACUGGCCUCUGCCAGCGGCUCCAUGGGUCAGAGCCCCGUCCUGGCACCAAAGGGUUGUGGGUUCGAUGCUGGGGGGGGGGGGGGCGCGCAUACAGGAGGCAGCUCACAGCUGUCCCUCUGACAUCGAUGUAUUUCUCCCCCCUCCUCUCUAAAAUCAAACGAACACAGAUCCUUGGGGGGGUUUAAAAAGCAGGAGCUCAAGCCCAGAAAGGCGGCAACACCUGAUGUCAGAAACCCUCAGGCAGGUGGGGAGCUGCUCGGCCGCAGUCUGCACCCGACGUGAGAACGGACGGUGCACAGCUCUGCGCCCGAGCCCACCCCAGCCCUGCCUCGCUCUGCCCACCCUGCGCCUGGGCAGAGGUCCCCGCGGGCGCCUCUGGAUAAAGACUCCAUGAGAAGGGCACACCGUCUUUAAUAACGUUUGAAUUAAAAAGUCACUGAGUAAAA